AUGUUGUUUGUCAAAAUUAGUGUAAUAACGAUAUGGUUAUUAAGAAAGUCACAGGCUUUCCAAUUACAAGGAACUUUGAAGUAUUAUGAUUCAGCUGAGAAAUUCAGAUUGAAUUAUAAUGGCAAUGCAAAGGAAGAAUACGACGGUGUGGAUGUCAAUACAGAAACUGAUCAUGGUAAUUACUUGGACAAUAAUUCUGGUUACGAUGAUGAUGGUGAAACAGGUCUUGAAAAUGUAUAUGAUGGUCUUGAGGAAUCAUUGUCAGAGCAAAAGGAAGUUUACAAUGAAAAUUUUGAAACCUCGACUUCAAGAAACGAGGAUUACAAAAACGUCAAGAUCUCACAAGAUUUUUAUGAUAGAUUAGUUUACUUUAGCAAAGUUUGUGCAAUGACUAGUUGCAUUUCAGACAAUUUGAUAAAAGAAAACAAAACGUUUGCUGAAGGUGGAUGCCCUGGCCAUCUAAAAUUUUGUAAAGAUCCAAUUGACAACCCUACUUACACUAGAACCAGGAUUGAAAUGGUUCUGAGCGCAGAUAAAGGAGAAUUGGGGACUGGUUAUGUUAUUGUAGACCAUAAAAGAAAGGUUGUCAUAAUUGCCUUUAGAGGAUCUUCUACUAGACAAGACUGGUUUAGUGACUUCCAAAUAUAUCCUGUAGAUUAUGAACCAGCUUCGUUGGUUGCAUAUAAUAAGUUAGUUAAUAAACGAAUCAUUCCAGAAUGUCAUAAUUGUAAGAUUCACAGAGGAUUUUACAGGUUCAAGGAAACUUUAGGCCCACUUUUCCUAGAUAAAAUCGAAGCAAUAUUUAAUAAAUAUCCAGACUACCGUGCAGUUGUUUCGGGGCACUCGUUAGGUGCUGCUAUGGCUAGUAUCACUGGUAUUGAAUUGAAAUUGAGAGGUUAUAACCCAAUCGUAUUGACAUAUGCCACACCUAGAAUGUUCAAUACGGAGAUGAGAGAGUGGAUCGAUACCAUCUUUUCAACGGAUCAAAUACAUUACACUUCAGUUUCUAAAGGUGUUGUUGAUUACAAUCAUUGUGAUAAAGGAGGAUACUUCCGAGUUGUUCAUAACCAAGAUUACAUUCCUAUGGUGCCUCCAUUUUAUGAAGCUGCAGGCCUAGAACUUUUCAUUAAUAAAAUAGAGUUGCCACAUACUAUUGAUGAUGUAGAGUACCGAGGUCAUAAAAAGACAUAUUUUGAGGACAUAACCAAACUAAAUACAGUAAAUCAUGUUGAAGAUUGGUUGCACACUUAUGAACAUAGAGCGUACUUCAUUUUGAUAGAAGGCUGUCACAAUAUCUAA